GACGGACGGACAGCGGAGUCUUAAUAAUAGGGUCCCGUUUCACCCUUUGGGAACGGAACCCUAAAAAGCAGUUACAUAACACUUUUAACCGAUUUAAUCUAAUGUUUAUAGUGUUCAUGUGCAUGCGAUAAAAUAACAUAUACCUAUGUUACUCGUACAUAUUGUAGCAGUCUUUACUUAUAUAUUUUUCAUUUACCACGACGCCUUAGGAUAUGAAAUUAUUGAUGCCAAUUGAUAUAGCGGCGAUGUUUCGAGAUUCGCGUUGAAAAUUAGUAUCACACAAGCAUUUGAGUCGUUUGGUGAUCUCAAUGAGGAAAUAUUUUAAAUAGUGCUUAAAAAAUAUAUAUUUAAAAAAAGACAAUAUUUUAACUAACAAUAAGUAGAGUGCAUAUAAUAAAAUAUUUAAAAUUAACGAUAAAAUUUUAAAUUAUAAUGAAAAUUAAAGUAACUUCUAAAGAUGAGAAAUCAAAUGAGGAUGUGUUCACAAAAUUGUGCGAUUUCGGAACGUUCCAGACUGUUCAGUAUUUUUUGAUUUGUUUGCCGUUGGUAAUGGUGUCCAUGAUGAAUGUGAAUUAUAUAUUUGUUGCGGAAAAUGUCAACUUCAGAUGCCGUGUCCCCGAAUGUGACGAUACCAACGCCACAGCGUCAACGCCCAUAUGGUGGCCCAGCGCAUAUGACUCCAAAUGCAUUAGACCAAUAUUCAACCUAACAGACGAGGCGACGUGCGAAAACCAGAUGGCUGUGGAAUUCAGAGAGUGUGAUGAGUGGAUUUAUGAGCAUAGGAAUUCCGCUGUUGUUGAGCUCGAUAUUGGAUGCCAAUCUUGGAAAGCAUCGUUUGUAGGCAGCAUCCACAACAUAGGAAUGUUGUUUUCAAUGAUAUUGAUGGGUUGGAUAGCAGACAGAUUCGGAAGAAAACCAACUAUAAUAAUAUGUGCAGUAGGAGGAAUAGUCGGAGUUUUUAAAAUCUUCAUGUCAAACUUCUACGCUUAUCUGGCUAUAGAAUUCUUGGAGUCCUUCAUUGCAUCCGGCCUUUACACUGUAGCUAUUGUUUGGAUGAUUGAAGUCGGCGGGGAAACUAAAAGAGUCUCAGCUGGCGUCAUAUUUUCGUACGCCAUAUACGUAGGCGAGGUAGCAUUCGCCUUUAUAGCAAUGGGUCUCCAACAUUGGAAAUCUCUGAUACUCUCCAUAUACACCCCUGUGAUAAUAUUCGUCGUAUACAUAAUUGUUCUGCAAGAGAGCACAAGAUGGCAACUAUUACGAGGAAAAACUAAUGAUGCAAAGAAAACGUUUAAAAUAAUUGCCAAGAUAAAUAAACUAGCAUUAACAAAUGAUGAAAUAGACAAUAUAAAGGAAGAUGACUUAAGAUUAAAAUUCAACGUAGCUUCUCAAAAAGAAAAGGAGACUGUAAAGGAUAUUAUCAAGUCUAAAGAAAUAAUGAUACGUCUGGCUGUUAUUUCUUUUUGUUUUUUCACUUCGAGCUUUGUAUACUACGGGUUGGCUGUACAAGCAAUAUCAUUGCCUGGGGACAAAUAUUUGAAUUUUGCACUGACUUCGUUGACAUCUUUUCCUGGAGAUCUAUUGGCAUUUUUCACAUUUUCUAAAUAUGGUAGAAGAAUUUCAUUACAAAGCGGUUAUUUUGCCUGUGCCGCAUUUAUACUUGCGCAGGCAUUUGCUCCAGAAUCAACUCCAUGGCUAAAACUCCUACUGUUUCUACUGGGAAAAUUAGGAACCGCUCUCUGUUUUACUGGAGUAUACACUUACAGUUUAGAAUUAUUUCCUACUAGUGUAAGAGGAUCCCUGUUUGGUUUUUGCAAUACGCUUGCGAGAAUCGGCAGUAUGCUAUCGCCCCUGGCUCCUUUAUUAGUUUCGGAACUGCCGGCUCUACCGUCGAUACUUUUUUCUUCGACGGCCAUGUUGGCUGCUCUAUUAUUGACAUUCACUCCGGAGACGAAAAAUUUGCCUUUGUUCGAUACUGUGGAAGAAGUAGAGGCUUAUAAAUCAAAACUAACUACUAAGCUUUAGAUGAAUUAUACUAUAUGGACAA